UGAUACUAGUUUAGCAAAUAGCAGCUACAGACGGCGGAGAGAGAACUUCCUUAAGCUUUCCUAAGUCCUACUAUCUUUAUUCCACUUUGUAAAGGCGAUUUAAGCUUCUUUGAAGCUGCUCUAAAGCUUCAUAUUUUCUACUUCACGAGGAGAAUAAGAAGAAGAAGAGUAGCUUCCUUUUCCUUCUCUGUCUCCUGUGGCUAUUAUAUAUAGUAUGGCGUCUACAAGUCGUGGGUCUGAGGUGGACGACACGUGCAGUGAGAAAGCAGAAGAGACUAAAUCCAGUAGCACUUCCACUGCAUCUUUGAAAGUACAGACCAGUGGGGAGUGUGAGCAGUCAGUCACAGCAACAAGUAAAGACAUUCCUCCAUUAAGAGGAGAACCUGCUCCAGACAUUGACACUUCAACUGAGAGGGAGAGAGGAGAGAGAGAGAGGGAGGGAGAAGGAGCAAUAGCAGCUGCCGCUACUUCAAUGGAUAAACUGGUCGUUAGUAUUCGAAUGAUCAUGAACAGCAAAGAUGUUGGCAGUAUCAUUGGAAAGGCUGGUAUGACAAUAAAAUCAUUUAGAGAGAAAAGUGGAGCAAAGAUUAACAUUUCCAAUGGAACCUCCUCAGAACGUCUGGUCACAGUGUCAGGUACUAAAGCUGAAGUAUGUGUAGCAUUUACAGCUAUCAGCAGGAAAAUUGAAGAAGACAAUCAGUCGCUGGGUUCUCAUGCUAGAGGAGUUGGCACUGAUCCUGAUCAAUCUUUAGGGGGCGUGGUCUCAAUACGUCUCAUUAUACAGACGUCACAGUGUGGCUCUUUAAUUGGAAAGGGCGGAUCAAGAAUUAAAGAAAUUAGAGAAGUCACAGGUGCUAUUAUUCAGGUUUCUGGUGAGUCAUUACCAAACUCAACUGAACGAGCUGUUACAAUUUCAGGUUCCUCCCAGUCUAUUAGCAGAUGUUUAGACUACAUAUGUGAUGUAAUAUUAGAGAAUCCACCUAAAGGUCCCUCUGUUCCUUAUAAGCCUCAUUCCAACCAAUCAUAUCAGCAAAGACCCGGUAUACCUUUCCAACAACCUUACCCAGCUGGGUUCAAUACUACUCCACAGAUUCCAACCACAGUACAACAAAUGAGAAUACCCAAUGAUUUGAUUGGGUGUGUCAUUGGCAGGAAGGGUACAAAGAUUCAUGAGAUAAGAGUUAAUUCAGGUGCACUGAUUAAGAUAGCGUCUAAUGAAGGAGAUGGCAGUGAUAGACUAGUAACGAUAUCUGGUACUCCUGAAUCUGUUGGAAUAGCACAAUACCUCAUUAACUCAAGAAUACAUUCUGAAGUUAACAGCUAUUUAUCAGUUGGCACAUUAACCAGUGUAUAGAACCUCUCCUUUCUCUUUUUCUAUUGGAAAUGAUUUGAAUAUUACUAAUGAUAAUGAAACACAUUCAUUUUAAAUAAAAAGUGCAAGAUAUUGAUUUUUUACUGCAA